CUUCGAUUGGGAUGUGGAUGGGGGGUGAAAAAGAAAGUCUCAGCUUUCUAAUGUUAGAAUCAUUGUUUCUAUGAACACUAAAGGUUGCGGACAGAGAGCGCUAUAUGCAGCGCAGCCAAUAACAUGAUUGGUCAACACAUUAAGGAGCUUCAAAACAACAUUUAUUGAGUUUGGUGGUAACAUUUACAUGAUUUGAAAGCUGAAAAUAAAAAUAUAAUUAAACACAAAACAGUCAAAAAAACAUUUCGGUCUAAAAUAACAAUUCUAUAUAAACAGCCCACUGCGACUUCAGACUCGACAUGAAAAUCCAUUAAAUUCAUUAAACGUCUUACCUUUUAGGAUAAGACAACUGUGACGUUAUCCUAACUUUAAGAUGUUAUUUACCACGAUUUUUAAGAAAAAAAAAUUUGAAUGCUUCUUAAGUUGUUUCUUAAGAACAAUCUUAAGAAAAAAGAUAAGAACUUUCAAAAUAUUCUUAACUGUUUUUUUUUUUUCACUUAGAAAUUAAGAAGAAAAUGUUAGUUAACAAGAAAUUUCUUAAGAACGUUUUGUGAAUCCAGCCCCAGGUCAUAAGGAUUACAGCCAACAAUUAAUGAAACAAAAGCAGAUACACACAAUUUACUGAGGGCCUUCCUUGGCAAUCAUUAAGAAACUAAACCCACUGUAUGAUUCAUGUGACCUGACAGCGACAGGAGGAAAUAAUAAAUUAAGUAAAUAUGCUAAUUAAAUGAUAACUUCCUGAAAUCCUCAAGACAGUGAAACUUUGACACUCGAUGCAACCGGCUUGUUCCAAUAUUACUUCAGAGAAACAGCCAAAUAAAUGCUGGAAACCCAACAACUGCUCGAAAAUACAAGUCAACAGUCAAGCUAAAACGGCAAAAAAGCACUGCGGUAGGGGUUUUUCCGAAAGCUAUGGGUAUUCAAGCAGGGCACCCCGACAGCGAGGGACUGAAGUGUGUUUGAAAAUCAGACAGACGUGUCACACCGCAGCCAUGAUGCGCUACCGGCUAGCAGCGCUAGCCUCCAUAUGGCACUGACACAAUCACGUCCUGUCGACGAGAAACACUAUUAUAACAUCUUUCCAAUCCCAAAACCGAGAUUUCACCAUCUCGAUAAACCAUCUGUGGAAAACUCAAUCAAGCCAGGCCCUCUAUAAUACUUGACCCAACCAUGAACCCAGCAGUUUUACUUCUGCGCCUACAUCAGGGGAAUCGUCCCCUGGAGGACUAUGUUGAGGACUUCUGUGGUCUAGCCAGCCAGUUGGACUUUAAUGAGGUUGCCCUCAAAGACUGUUUUAGAUUUGGUCUGAAUGAGUCCAUUUCUUUUUGGAUGCCUGGCGGUCGCAGUUCCCUCAGCCUGGCUCAAUAUAUCGACCUCGCCCUACGGUUCAUUGGUUCCCCGUUCACUGUGGGGGAGGCAGAUGCCGAGCCAGAGUUCCACGUCGUGGCCGCCGCCGAGCCAGAGUUCCACGUCGUGGCCGCCGCCGAGCCAGAGUUCCACGUCACAGCAACGCCUCAGCCUGCUCCAUGCCACGUCACAGCCACACCUGAGCAGUGGGACCUGGGGAUGGUUCCCACCCUUAUACCCACCCUUAGUUCUCCUGAGCAGGCAAGGGGAACUUUCGGCCCUCCGACCCCACCUGGACUUCGCCUUGGCCUGUCGGUCCCUCGACAUUGCCUCAGCUCGGCGUUCCCUCAGCUCCACUACGGUCCUUCAGCCUGUCGGCUGUGCCGGGGUCCCUCGUCCCUCCGGCUUCUCCUUGGUCUGUCGGUCACCUGGCUCUGCUUUGGCUCUCCGAUCCUCUGGCUGCGCCUCGUCCCUCCGAUCUGUCAGCUUCACCGGGGACCUCCUUCCCUACGGCUCCACCUUGGUCCUCAGUCCCACCGGCUCCACCUCAGUCUUCCGAUCCCUCAGCUCCGCCUUGCUCCUCCGAGCCUCCAGCACCGCCUUGGUCCUCCCUGCCAUCGGCUCCACCCUGGCCCUUCGAGUCUUUGGCUACUCUCCGGGCACCAUGUUCCAUGGCUCCGCCCCUCGAGCCUCUCACGGCUCUGCCUUCCAUGGCUCCACCCCUCAAGCCUCUCAUGGCUCCACCCCCCACGGACUUUGCCUUGGUCCCAUGCCCCUCGCCCUUUCUCGCCAUGCCAUGCCCCACACCUCAAGACACCCCCCCCCACCCCCCCAGCUCCCUACAGAAUUUUGAAUUUAUGUCAUGUUUUACGUGUUUUGUUUGUGUUGGUGUCGGGAGCCACCCCUUAGUGGGGGUGAUAUGUCAUGUGUAUUGUGUUGAUUCAUGUCUUAUUUUGAAAUUCUAGUUCCUGGUUCAUUUCAUGUGUUCCUGUUUCCCUUGUCAUGUGAUUCCUGUUUUCCCUCCAUGUUCAUGUGUUAUGUUUUCAUUGGUUUGUUUAAUUAUCUUGUUAUCAGUUCUGUUUGUUAAUUGGUUUAUGUUCCCCUAUGUCCAUGUAUUUAAGCCUCAUGUUUUCCAUUGUGUAGUUGUCUAGUAUUGAAUGUGAUUGUCAAGCCAUAGUCAAGUCUAGUCAGGUUAUAGUUUAGUUCAUGUUUUGUAGUCAGGGUUACUGGU